AUGCUGCUGCUCCUGCUCCUGGCCCUGGCUGCAGUCGGGUCUCGUGGACAAGCACAAGUGCUUCUGAAGCAGACUAAGCCAUCCAUUACCAGAGGGCAAGGUAAAACUGCAUGGAUUGACUGUAUAGUUGAGGGCGUAUCUGACUUCCAGUCUGCGUACAUACAUUGGUACCGACAGAUACCUUCCACUCCCGAACGGGUUCUGUAUAUUGGACGAGGUCAAGUUUCUUAUGAUGACAAUUCCUAUAAAGGCAAGUAUUAUUCUUCAAAGGAAGGUACAAAUGUCUGCACUUUCUCAAUCAAUAACAUCAACUCCAACGAUGAAGGUACCUACUACUGUGCCUACUGGCAGUCCCACAGAACUGGCAGACCACAGGCAGCGUAUAUAUCAACACUACAGGACCUGACACAAAUUCAUGUAUCUAUCAGAGGACAACAGAAGAAUAUGAACUUUCGGUACCAGCUGUUUAACCCACAUGGGCAGCAUGUUGCUGCUUCCAGUCCUUCUUGCAACUUCAUUGUGGUCGCGUGGAGACGGGCAGGUAGCGCCGGUGCAAACCCCAGCGCUGCGGAGGCAGGUGAAGGGCAGCUCUGCCAGCAUCACAUGCCGAAUCAGCAGCAAAGCCGUCGUGCACUGGUACAAACAGCUUCCCGGAGAGCCACCAAAGAGGAUAUUAUACAUGUGGGGAGAGUCACCUGUUUUUGA